AUGGCGUCGCAUAUCAACAUUCUCCUGUCGUCCUUUCCUGGACUGGCAUUGCCACCUACACUCUCAUUCUCGCUCCCUAUUACAUCAACCGUCACAGACCUCACAGAAAGAAUCGAGCAUUACCUGCCAGAAUCGCUGAAGCGUAGCGCGGCAAAUCUUACACUUACAACGAUCGGAAAUAAACAACUUCUACCGGGAUCUACACUACGCAUCUCAUCUCUUCUACCAACACAUCAUCAUGCAUCGCCUGAAACCAAUCUUCUACCCCUUCGCCUCUCCGUACCCCUGCAAGGAGGUAAAGGCGGUUUCGGCUCCCAACUUCGUGCCGCCGGUGGCCGUAUGUCAAGUAAACGCAAGCGCAACCAGGGCGAGAACAAUGGAUCGAAUCGGAACCUCGAUGGACGACGUCUCCGCACAGUCAAUGAAGCCAAGGCUCUCGCAGAAUAUCUCGCCGUGAAACCAGAGAUGGAUAAGAAAGAGAAAGAAGAGCGACGACGUCGAUGGGAAGCGAUUGUUGAAAUGGCCGAAAAGCGCACUGAAGAAAUUAAGAAUGGUGGUGGGAAAAACCGCUUAGAUGGGCAGUGGAUGGAGGAUAGGGAGGAAAUGAGCGAGAAGGCUCGUGAAGCUGUUCUUGCUGCGAUGAAGGAUGGUGGUUGGAGUGAUAAUUUACACGAUGCGAUUAUGGGUGGCUCGAGUACGAGUGCAAGUGAGGGAAAUUCUAGUCAGGAAGAGAAUGAGAGCGAUAGUGCCGAUGAAGAUGAAGAUGAGGAUAUAUCGAGAGCAUCUCCCCCGAGGCCGUCAUCUUUCAAACCUGCUACGAUGUCACGGAAGUUUAUAGGAUUUGAUGAGGAUGAUGAAUUUAUGAGCAAUGCCUCCACAGUUCUUCCUCCGGCACCGCUCCAUCAAGCCGGAAUGGCGGCUGAAGAUACUCCAGCACCGCUCGGCGACAAAGAAUCAGCUACUCCCCCAUUACCUCCACCAACCGUUUCUCUUCAUGCAGAUACAUUACCCAUAUCGUGUCCGGGAUGUGGCGCAUAUGCGCAAACUAUCGACCCAACUGAGCCGGGAUUCUACAGUCGAACUCGCAAAAAGUCAAAGCAAUUAUGGCACAAGAGGCAGCAAGCGAUUGCUAAAGAGCAGCAAACAAUUACCUCUCAGAAGAAUGAGAGUGCCGAUGAUAGUUCAGCGCCUUUAGAAACUACUACGGAAGAUUUACAAGAUGAAAGCAUCUUCCUUGCAGCAACGGAGUAUAUCCAGACGACCGCGCAGCAUACACAAAUCUGUGACCGCUGUCAUGACCUUUUACAUCACAACAAGGGAGUCUCAAUUCCCUCACCUUCCAUAGACUCUAUCGCUGCCUAUCUCGAGGAAUCACCUCAUCGAGUGAAUCGUGUAUACCAUGUCAUAGACGCAGCGGAUUUCCCCAUGUCCCUGAUCCCGAAUAUAUACGAAGCACUUGACCUCCAAGAUCAAAGAUCGAGAAAUCGACGAUCGAAGACUGAAAAAUACAAAUAUGGAAAGAGGAUGACUACAAUAAGUUUUGUGAUUACCCGUGCGGACCUGUUGGCUGCUACGAAGGAGCAGGUUGAUUCUUUGAUGAAGCGGAUUCGAGAAAUUAUUCUGAAGGCCAUGGACAUGAGACGGGAGGAUGUACGAUUGGGAAAUGUGCAUAUGAUCAGUGCUCACCGCGGUUGGUGGACGACGCGAGUCAAGGAAGAAAUCCGGCAAGAUGGGGGUGGUGUGUGGAUAGUCGGGAAAGCAAACGUCGGAAAGAGCAGUUUCAUCGAGUCUUGCUUUCCUAAGGACUCUAAAAAUUUAGACAAGAUUGCGCAUCUGCUGGAAAGUCGGAAACAGGAAGACAGAAUCAAGGAUUCCAAUGAUGCUGCUCCAUUCCUGGAUCCAGAUGCUCUUCUCCCCCCUCCGCCACGCGAGGAGCUCUAUCCAACACUCCCCAUCGUCUCGAGUCUUCCAGGGACAACCGUGGGUCCUAUCAGAAUCCCCUUUGGCCGUGGCCACGGCGAAAUGAUCGACCUCCCCGGUCUCGACCGCGGAACCCUGCAAGAUUUCAUGUUAGACGAACACAAGUCAGACCUAAUAAUGACCAAACGCAUCAACCCAGCUGAGCAACUCAUAAUCCACGACAAACAAUCUCUCCUAAUCGGAGGCGGAUUGAUCAGAAUAACACCCAAGAUCUCCGAAGAUUGCACAGUGCUAGCAGCAUGCUUCGUACCCCUCGAAACGCACGUAACCCGAACUGAAAAGGCAAUCGAAAUCCAAUCCGGCGUUCGAAAAUACAACACGGGUGGGGGAGAUCGUGGCCACAGCGUCAUUAAAUCGGAGUAUUUGGCAGCAAAUAGCACCACGAUCCAAUCCGCGGGCACAUUCACACUCUCCACGGACGUCACAUUAAGUCAUUUACCAAGCACAAUCAAAAAGAAAUGGGACGAUCAUGGCAUUAAACCGAAUCUCGAUGCAUUACCGUACAAAGUCUAUGCAACAGAUAUUCUAAUAGAAGGAUGCGGCUGGAUCGAAUUAACGGCCCAAAUCCGUACGAGACACCAACAUGAUACUAAAGAGGUGGGGGAUCUGCCGAAAAUAGAAGUCUUCACGCCCCUAGGAAAACAUAUCGGUUCAAGACCACCGCUUGAAACAUGGAAUUUCAUUCGCGAUAAACGCAAAGCUGAUAGACGGAAACGGUUUACGUCGGGUUCUCAUAAACCCAGGAGGGGGAAUAUAAGUCAUAAGAAGAGGACGUUACAUGGUGCGAAGGGUGCCUAGUUUCUCUUCUCU